GUUCUUUCUGCCAAAGAUCCUCUGCCAAGAGCAGCUGCCAACGCCCUUUGAUGCGGGCGGAGAGGACAGCGAAUUGGACGAGGAGGCUUCCUGCUUGGGGCCAGCCUGGGAGGCCAGCGUGGAGGUGCUCGAAUGCCUCUGCCGCUGCUUCGUUGGCUUGCUCUUUGUAGAGAUCCUCGC